AUGCCAUUUUCCGCCUCUCGACCGGACAGGGCCCCGAGACAAGGGAUCUCGAGGCCGCAAUGUGCGUUCGAGGUGUCGAUGUUAACUGAGUCCUGCAAUUCGCGUCAGUUCUCGCGGCUGGUCGUGUUCUUCAUCGACGGACGAGCCGAGUUAAAAAAAGUGUGCGAGGAAAAACAAGGAGGCCGAGUUGUUGCGCGCGCGACCGAUACGGUAGCAGUCCACAGCAGACUGGCACCCCGGCAACCACCACAAUUUUGUCGGGACAUUGACGGCGGCGUGGACCGUACACGUGAUCACGUCGACGUCGGCGGGAGACGGAGGCUGGUCGGCGGCAUCCGUCUCGCGAUCGUGGCCGGCGGUGGCGACAGCGCCCCUCGAAUCGCACGGGCGCCCGUCUCGCGCAGAGAGCAGAAGAUAUUUUUUUGUCGGACGAGUAGGGAGGAGGAGCAGCAUCAGCAGCAGCAGACGCAAGGAGGCGAGGCCGUCCAUGCGACGGUGGCGCGAACAUUUCUUUUGGCCGGCUGCCGCGAAACGAGCGCAAGCUUCCCCCCAACCCUGUUUCGCCGACGAAUAACGUGCUACCCGCGACCGACCAGUCGUGACGGCGGUCUCUUGACGGCGAUACACGCUUGCUACGAGUCCCGACCGACGAGUCGUCUCCCAAAGGUACUGCGGGGAGAGAGCGAACUCGACGGCGUUUCGAAAAAGAACGGACACGACGACGACAUGCGGCGCCGAGUCAUCGAUAAUUUUCCUUCCGCAGGUUCACCUACGGAAACCUUGUUACGACUUUUACUUCCUCUAAACGAUCGGGUUCGGUCGUCUUCUCCAGGCAUCGAACGCCAAGGCGAAUACGACACGAGCGUGAAACGGCGGCGGAGACCGCAGCCGCUGCGCCACGUGCACGCUGCCCGGCGGCGUCGUCGGCCAGAUCCGAGGACCUCACCGGACCGUUCGAUCGGUAGUAGCGACGGGCGGUGUGUACAAAGGGCAGGGACGUGUUCGACGCGGGCUGUUGACCCGCACCUACCGGGAAUUCCUCGUUCACGGGGUUUCUUUACAGGCCCCGAUCUCUAUCACGGGAGGUGGUUAAGAGGUUUCCAGAUCCUCUCGGGCCACCAGGAGUGGAGCCUGCGGCUUAAUUUGACUCAACACGGGAAAACUCACCCGGUCCGGACACCGGUAGGAUUGACAGAUCGAUAG